UACAAUAAUAAAACAUACAACUUUAGGAGAUGAAUUUCGUUCGAGUGGAAAAAAGGUUUUUAUAAUAAAUUCUAGGGUUUUUUUUAUCUCUCUCUCCAAAAGCGGCCCCCUUCUUCUCUCUUCUCUUCCCAUCGAACUCCAGAAUUGUAGAGUUCAAUCGAAGAAGCCAACCCACGGUUCUCUCAGAUCGGCUUCUUCAACUUCAGGACAAUGAAUAGGAUCCACAGCAGGUUUAGCAGUGUGGAAGCUGUGUCACACUGCGAUGAACUUGUAAAUGAGAUUUUGCUUCGAUUGCCUCUAGAUGCGGUCUGCAAGUUCAAGUGUGUAUCGAAGACAUGGAACAGUUUGAUCUCUCAUCCCCUUUUCUGCACCAAUUACAUUUCUCAAAGUAAGAAUUCUCUUCUCCCAUUGUUGGGAUUCUUUCGGAGUACUCGUGCGGUUAAAGAUGGUUAUGGGUCAACACUGGAAGUUUCAUUCCUACAAAAUUGUAAGGAAAGGAAAUUUACAAGUUUCGAUGUCAUCGUAGAUCAUUUGUUUCUUAAAGCUUCUCCUGAAGGCCUAAUACUAUGCCGUUUAGAGAGGUACACGGUUUUCAAAUACUACGUCUGUAAUCCCGUUACAAACCAAUGGUUUGCUCUUCCUGAACCAAGAAAUGCUCCAUCCUCGGCGGGUUUGUGUUGUGAAGAAUGUAGCAGCAAAGAUGGUGAUGGUGUGGUGCAUUUCAAAGUAAUUCUAUCUAUUAUGGAAGCGAGAGUGGGAGGCACAUAUGACAGAUUACAUAUAGAAACUUUCUCUUCUCGUACACGCGAAUGGAGCGAAUCAUUUCUCACUUGUCCAUCUGAAUUUUCAUACGAGGAGGUGGAGGAGUCCUAUGUAUGCCAUUCAGUAGAUGGGAUGUUGUACUGGAAAGUUAGUGGUCAAUUGGCUGCUUAUGAUCCCAACAUGGAGGAAAAUCGUAUCUGGCUGAUAGAGUUGCCUCCUCUCUGUUGCAAAGAGAGAAAAAGGGGAUUCUUUAUGGAUUAUAUCCUGGGACAUUCGUCGUCUUCGGAUGGUUGUCUUCUUCGGGUUGCCUUAAAUGAAAAACUGAUGAUCAGAGUGUGGGAGCUCAAAAAGAAGCUUUCUAGUUAUAGUUUAUCUCGCAUCAUACCAAGCAGUGAAUGGGUGUUGAAGGAAGUUGUGAGUCACAAGAAUUUGGCCAUCGGUGAUUCUCUUCCUCACUUUCCUCCUCAAAUUCGUUUGAUAGCUUUUCAUCCUCGCAAUGCAAAGCUUCUGUACCUUCGGCGGGGAAGAAUGGUGUUUUGCUAUGAUUUUAGGACUAGAAGAUUGGAACCAAUUCAGUAUCAUGGAAAUGGAACUGUAUCGGCAAAGGAUAGACUAGUUCCUUACUUCCAACCACCUUGGCGCCCUUCUUUGCCUUCUUUUCCUUAGUUUAAACUCUUCCAAGACUUUGACAUAAUACAUAUUAUAUAAACAUUCUAAUCUA